GCAGCCCCGCCCCGGCCGCGAUCCGCCAGCGGGGCCGCGGGGUCCGCCCGCGGCGCCCCGCGCCGCAUCCCGGGACCAUGAGCUUCUUCGGGUUCGGGCAGAGCCCGGAGCUGGAGCUGGUGCUGAGCGACGCCGAGAGCCGGCGGCGGGUGGAGCACAAGACGGAGGAAGGCAAGAAGGAGAAAUACUUCCUCUUCUACGAUGGCGAGACCGUGUCGGGGCGAGUGGUCCUCACCCUCAAGAACCCCAACAAGCGGCUGGAGCACCAGGGCAUCAAAGUGGAGUUCAUCGGGCAGAUCGAGCUCUACUAUGACCGAGGGAACCACCACGAGUUCGUGUCCCUGGUGAAGGACCUGGCCCGGCCUGGGGAAUUCACUCAGUCACAAACAUUUGACUUUGAGUUCACACACGUGGAGAAACCUUACGAGUCCUACACGGGGCAGAACGUGAAGCUAAGGUAUUUCCUCCGUGCCACCGUGAGCCGCCGGCUGAACGACGUGGUCAAGGAGAUGGACAUCGUUGUGCACACGCUGAGCACCUACCCCGAGCUCAACUCCUCUAUCAAGAUGGAAGUGGGCAUUGAGGACUGCCUGCACAUCGAGUUUGAGUACAACAAGUCCAAGUACCAUUUAAAAGAUGUGAUUGUGGGGAAGAUCUACUUCCUGCUGGUGCGGAUCAAGAUCAAGCACAUGGAGAUAGACAUCAUCAAGAGGGAGACAACGGGCACGGGGCCCAACGUGUACCACGAGAACGACACCAUAGCCAAGUACGAGAUCAUGGAUGGGGCACCUGUGAGAGGGGAGUCCAUUCCCAUCAGGCUCUUUCUGGCUGGCUACGAGCUGACUCCAACCAUGAGGGACAUCAACAAGAAGUUCUCUGUGCGUUAUUACCUCAAUCUGGUGCUGAUCGAUGAGGAGGAGAGGCGCUACUUCAAACAGCAGGAGGUGGUGCUGUGGAGGAAAGGGGACAUCGUGAGGAAGAGCAUGUCCCACCAGGCUGCCAUCGCGUCGCAGCGCUUCGAGGGCACGUCCUCGCACGGCGAGGCCAAGGCCCCCGGGCAGCCCGCGGACAACAACGGCCGGCAGUGAGGCCGGGGGGCGCCGGGAGCCCCCCAGCACCGCGGCACCCACGGGACACUGCAGGGACCUCACAGAAAUAAAUACCCGGUGUUGACUUCAUUCCUUUCUUCGGAGGACUGGCGGGGUGGGACGGGGCGGGAGGGCUCGGCCACCUGGAGCGGAGGUGCCGUGGCACUGCCCAGUCCAUCCCUUCCUCUGGGGCCGGGCCCGGCUGCUUGGAGGCCGUGUCUGCUUGGAGGCCGUGUCUGCUUGGAGGCCCUGUCCGAGCUCCUGAUCUCCUCCUGAUCUCCUCUGUGCCCCGAGGGCUCGCACGGGCUGCGGGGAAGGAGAGAGCGAGUGAAGGCCCAGGCUGCGUGUGGAGGGUGCUUUGGGGCUGUGCAGGAUGGAUGUUUUCCUUGCCUUUCCGAAAUCCUGCCCGGGGAUGAGCUGGAUGCUAGAGGAGGGAUCAGAGACUGUGGCGUCUUGUGGUGUCAUCCCCUCGCUGCUUCCCCUUCUUCCUCUUCGUGCUGGCGUUGGAUUCCUUGCCUCGAGCAGCUGGAUGAUGGAGGUGCCUCAGCCCUGGGACUGCCACCCAGCCACGUGGAGCACGGGCUGUGUCCCACCAGGAGCUGUGGCUGGUAGGAGGGAGUGAGAUGAGGGUGCAGGAGGAGGUGCCAUGGGGUGGGCAGAGCGGUGACGGUCCCAGUGCUCACAGGUGGGCAACAAGUGGGGCCAGGAAGGCUCCUGGCCACGAGCUGUGCCUUCCUAGUCUUGUCCUGAGAUCCACACUCGGCUGCUGCUCUCGUGCAGCUCCCAGGUGCUGCUGCAGGGAGAUGUGGAGAGCAGCUCUGGAGCUCUUGGGGGCUCUCCUGUGGGUGGGUUUAUGCUGCCCACGCUGCCCUGCCCAUGUCUGUGUCCUGGGGACAGAGCAGGCUGUGUGUGGGGAUGGACAGCAGUGUGGGGACACGAGCACAUGGUCUGGUUUGCUGAGGUUGCUGCCUCGUGCCUGCAGGAUGAGGAUUAGUGGGGACAGAAGGUGGAUGCAGUUGUUGUGGGAGGCUCAAACAGGCCUGCUGGAAGGAGCCAGGCAGCACCUGGAAGGGUGGCAGAGCUCUGAUUCCAGAGACACAUUCCUGAGGCCUGAGCUGAAGUCACCAGCGAGGUCUGAGAGCAUGCAAUGAACUGAGAACCUGAAUGUGGGUUUCCUUUUUUAAAAUAAGCUGCUUUUAGCCUUCAGCUAAGUAGAUUCAUGAGAACAUUCCCAGAAGGAAGUCACUUCUCCAUUAAAAAUCAGAAGUGGCUUUGUAGACUUGAUUGACUGAGUUUGGAGAUGUCCAUCCUGUCCAGCUGCCCUUCACCAAGCAGGUGGUGAGACCUCCUACCCCAGGGAGAGACCAGCCUGCACUAAGUGCUGGGAUAUGAGCUCUGUCAUGUGGGAUUUGUCUGGAUUUCCCUGAGUUUGUGGCUUGUUAGAUUGUCCAGCUUCCUUUUGGCUCUGGAAUCGAGCUCCUCUGUCCUACAGCUGGGUGUGGAGCAGGUGUCUUGCAGCUGGGAAUUGGAAGUGUCUGCUGUGUUCAGUGGAGGGAGUGGGGCUGGGGUGGGACGGGGAGCUUUUUAUGUCAUGACAGCUACUGUAUUUCAGUGAUAAAUGUGUGUUUCUGCUUGCCAAAGUAAGUUAUCUUUUCCUCACCACGUGUAAGGUUGUGGUUUGUAGUAGAGCUGGCCAGUCUCGCUCUGUAGAGGACACUAAUGCUCUCAUCUCUGCUGAAUGCUCGUGUCACCCCCUGGUUCUGCUGUGCCCCACUGAGGACGUGGCUUGCUUGUCCCCCCACGGGGAGUCUGUGCCAUGGGCUGGGGCCCUGUCUUCCCAAGGCUGGAGACAACAAUCACCCUGCUGUGCCAGGGCAGGGCUGGGGACCUCUGCCAUGGCAAGGGACCCUGGAUGUCACUUGGGACACUCCUCCCUCCCCUGGGGGGAACUGGCUGUGCUGCAGCCAGGCACAAUCCUUUAGGGACAAGUGAGGCUCCUUUGGGAGCUCUUGGGGAUAGCAGACUGUUCUUCUAUGGGGAACUGAGCACAGCAGUGCCCUUACAAUCUUCUUAAGCUUUCCUUCAGCUCCUUCCUUGCCUUUAUUCCUUUAUUCCUUUAUUCCCCUGGAUUGUAGGCCAUGUGGAAGGAAAGAAACCCCCUGGAUGAAGGUGUCUCUGCAUUCCAGGAGUGGUUUUUUUCCUGCCUGCCUGAGUGUGAGAGCAUUGCCUGGCUCUGAGAUGGCUGUUCAACAUCUGCUCAUCACUCCAGGGGGUUCCUUUGGAAAAGGUGCAGGAGCCUAUGCAUUGAUUUGGGGGAUUUUUCCUACCCCCUGUCCCUGUGUGUGCAACCAGAAUUCAGGAGUGAAUCCCAUUUUUACUGAAUCUGAAGGACCAUUCAGCCUGUUAGCACUGGGCCCUGUUUGCCUGGGGGGGAGCAGAUGUGCUGAGCACCCUUAGAGAGAGGCUGGGCUCACUCCAGGACAAGGCACUCAGAGCAGAGUUCUGUUAGCAUGUCGAGGGGCAGUCAUGUCCCCCUGAGCUGGUGGUUCUGUGCUGUACUUGGCUCAUUCCCUCCCUCCCAGGCAGAGGGGAGUGGGCAAGUACCAAACCAAGCAGUGCAAGUUGUAAUUAAGCCUCUGCUGUGUUUACAUGUUUCUUAAUUCGUCGUCUUUUCAAUGGCUGUAUUUUAAAACUUGGGUUUUUUUGUCUCUCUGAUUAAAAAGAGCCAGCCCUGGCUGUCAAAUGCUG